ACACAGAGUACAUGGCAUCAUCAUUGAAAAAGUGGUUAUGUUCGCAUUUGUUGAAAAAAAACCAUCUGAACUCUUGAAAAUUAGACAGUAUUGUUAACAGGGCUUUGUUGUCUGUUUUCUUGACAGGUUGCAGCGCAACAUUGCUGCAACCUGCUUUGAACAAUCGUGUCCUGAAGAGAACGAAUGAACAAGUUGAUGGCGGAAUUAGCGGCAAUUUUAUAGCUUUUUCGCUGAACUAAUGAUUUCUGCGAAGAAAUACAUGUUAUGAAAUGUUCGAGACAGUCAUUUUACCGUUAGUGGCUGGUGCUGUUGCAGGAUUAUCCGUGGAUGUUGUAUUAUUCCCUUUGGAUACUAUUAAGACCAGGUUUCAAUCCUCACAAGGUUUUUGGAAAGCUGGUGGAUUUCACAAGCUUUAUUCUGGACUUGGUUCUUUAGCUGUGGGCUCAACUCCUUCAGCUGCGACCUUUUUUUGUACAUAUGAACUUGUCAAGAGGAUGGUUCAUGCAGAUCCACAUGCAACAUCAUUCAAUGUUGUUGUAAACAUGGUGGCUGCUGGCAUUGGAGAGUUAACUUCCAAUGGUGUACGGGUUCCAUUUGAGAUGGUGAAGCAGAGAGCACAAGCAAAUAAAUUACUUUCAAGUGUAGAAGCUUUCAAAUUUACAUUACAAGAAGAGGGUUUUAAGGGUUUCUAUCGAGGCUACUGGAGCACGGUGUUUCGUGAGGUGCCAUUUUCAUUCAUUCAGUACCCGUUGUGGGAAUACCUAAAGAUAAAAUGGUCGAAACAACAAAAAGAGCCAAUUCAAGCUUGGCAAUCUGCUGUUUGUGGUUCAUUGUCAGGUGGCGUAGCUGCUGCCUUGACAACACCUCUUGACGUCACCAAGACAAGAAUUAUGCUAGCUGAGAAAGACUCUCCCAUCACCAAGAUAAAUGCAUUGAAAGCUUUGAUUCUCAUUGGAAGAGAUGAGGGUAUAAAAAGGUUGUUUUCUGGCAUUUUACCACGUGUUCUAUGGAUAAGUAUUGGUGGUGCUAUAUUUCUCGGUGUUUAUGAUCAGUCUAAGAUGAUAAUUUCCAGAACUAUACAUACAGAAAAACUCUUUACCGAAUUCAAAGAUGGCUAGUUUUUUUUAAAGUUUUAUUAAAAUUUUCAAUAAUAAUAAUUUGUGAUAAAAA